CAGAAACCUUUCAUCUCAUGCGUGCUAGUUGCUUCUAUGGGCUUCGGCUGAGCCGUCUGCAGAGCCACUAUCGGCGAGACUCACAGAAUACAGUGCCAUUUCAUUACUACCAUUACCCAAUAAACCUCCACACCGACGUUCGGCGGCGAGGAUUUGGCUAGGGUUUUGCCGACGGAGCAAUCGCAGCCCCCAGAGGUUGAAGAUGAGCGUCUGGAACUAUGUCGUCACCGCUCACAAGCCCACCAACGUCACUCACUCCUGCGUCGGCAACUUCACCGGCCCCCAGGAGCUCAACCUCAUUAUAGCGAAAUGUACCCGUAUUGAAAUCCAUUUGCUUACUGCUCAAGGCCUGCAGCCGAUGUUGGAUGUUCCAAUAUAUGGGAGGAUUGCAACACUUGAACUUUUUCGGCCUCAUGGUGAAGCACAAGAUUUUCUUUUCAUAGCGACUGAGCGGUACAAGUUCUGUGUUCUUCAGUGGGAUACUGAGAGUUCUGAGCUUAUUACAAGGGCAAUGGGAGAUGUCUCAGAUCGUAUUGGUCGUCCUACUGACAGUGGUCAGAUUGGUAUUAUAGACCCGGACUGUAGAUUGAUUGGACUUCAUUUAUAUGAUGGUUUGUUCAAGGUUAUUCCUUUUGACAAUAAAGGACAGCUCAAAGAAGCAUUUAAUAUUAGGCUUGAGGAACUUCAAGUGUUGGAUAUCAAGUUUCUUUAUGGUUGUUCAAGACCUACAAUUGUGGUUCUUUACCAGGAUAAUAAAGAUGCUAGGCAUGUUAAAACAUAUGAGGUUGUUCUCAAGGAUAAGGAUUUUGUUGAAGGUCCAUGGUCUCAAAACAAUCUCGACAAUGGGGCUGCUGUGCUAAUACCUGUGCCCCCACCACUAUGUGGUGUCAUCAUUAUUGGAGAAGAAACAAUUGUUUACUGCAGUGCUACAGCAUUUAAAGCCAUACCUAUUAGACCUUCCAUCACCAGAGCAUAUGGGAGGGUUGAUGCUGAUGGUUCAAGGUACUUGCUUGGUGAUCAUGCUGGUCUACUUCACCUACUUGUCAUUACUCAUGAAAAAGAACGGGUUACUGGACUUAAGAUCGAGCUGUUGGGGGAAACAUCCAUUGCCUCUACAAUAUCAUAUCUUGAUAAUGCUUUUGUAUAUAUUGGGUCAAGCUAUGGGGAUUCACAGCUUGUUAAGCUUAAUGUGCAACCUGAUGCAAAAGGAUCAUAUGUAGAAGUCUUGGAGAGGUAUGUCAAUUUGGGGCCUAUUGUUGAUUUUUGUGUGGUAGACCUUGAGAGGCAAGGCCAAGGCCAGGUUGUAACAUGCUCUGGAGCUUAUAAGGAUGGUUCUCUGCGUGUAGUUCGAAACGGAAUUGGAAUUAAUGAACAGGCAUCUGUGGAACUUCAAGGAAUAAAAGGAAUGUGGUCACUUAGAUCUUCUACUGAUGAUCCGUUUGACACAUUUCUCGUUGUAAGCUUUAUUAGUGAGACUAGAAUUUUGGCAAUGAAUCUUGAGGAUGAACUAGAGGAAACGGAGAUAGAAGGUUUCAGCUCUCAAGUGCAGACAUUAUUUUGCCAUGAUGCGCUAUUUAAUCAACUUGUUCAGGUUACUUCAAGCUCUGUAAGAUUAGUUAGUUCUACCACUAGAGAACUUCGCUAUGAAUGGAAUGCACCAUCAGGCUACUCUAUCAAUGUUGCCACUGCUAAUGCCUCCCAGGUUUUAUUGGCAACUGGCGGUGGUCAUUUAGUUUAUUUAGAAAUUUCUGAUGGAAAUUUGGUCGAAAAAAAUCAUGCGCAGUUGGAGCAUGAGGUUUCAUGCCUUGACAUAAACCCAAUUGGUGACAAUCCUAAUUGUAGUCAGCUUGCUGCAGUUGGGAUGUGGACAGAUAUAAGUGUGAGAAUAUUUUCACUACCUGAUCUGAAUCUCAUUACUAAGGAACAUUUGGGAGGGGAGAUAAUACCUCGCUCAGUGCUUCUUUGUACUUUUGAAGGGAUAUCUUACUUGUUGUGUGCCCUUGGAGAUGGUCAUCUGUUGAAUUUUAUAUUGAACACAAAUUCGGGUGAGCUAAUGGACAGGAAAAAGGUUUCUCUAGGAACCCAACCUAUAACACUUCGUACUUUUUCGUCCAAGAAUGCUACGCAUGUAUUUGCUGCAUCAGAUAGACCUACAGUCAUUUAUAGCAGUAACAAGAAACUACUUUACAGUAAUGUUAACCUGAAGGAAGUUAGCCAUAUGUGUCCUUUCAAUUCUGCUGCUUUUCCAGACAGCCUUGCGAUUGCAAAAGAAGGAGAACUUACAAUUGGCACCAUCGAUGAUAUUCAAAAGCUUCAUAUCCGCUCUAUCCCGCUUGGGGAGCAUGCACGCCGUAUCUGCCAUCAAGAGCAGUCCAGAACAUUUGCCAUUUGUAGUUUAAGAUAUAACCAAUCAGGCACAGAAGACACAGAAAUGCAUUUUAUCCGCUUGUUAGAUGACCAAACUUUCGAGUCCAUCUCAACUUAUGCUCUUGACACUUAUGAGUAUGGAUGUUCUAUUCUUAGCUGCUCUUUCUCAGACGAUAGUAAUGUAUAUUACUGUGUUGGAACUGCAUAUGUUAUGCCGGAAGAAAAUGAGCCAACCAAGGGCCGGAUAUUAGUUUUUGUUGUUGAGGAAGGUAAGCUACAGCUUAUUGCUGAGAAGGAAACUAAGGGAUCUGUUUAUUCUUUGAAUUCCUUCAACGGGAAGCUGCUGGCUGCUAUUAAUCAGAAAAUUCAACUGUAUAAGUGGACACUUCGAGAUGAUGGUACUCGCGAGUUACAAUCCGAAUGUGGGCACCAUGGACAUAUACUCGCUCUUUACGUCCAAACCCGUGGAGAUUUCAUUGUUGUUGGUGAUUUGAUGAAGUCCAUAUCUCUGUUAAUCUAUAAGCACGAGGAAGGUGCCAUUGAGGAGAGAGCCCGCGACUACAAUGCAAACUGGAUGUCCGCUGUUGAAGUUCUCGACGAUGACAUUUACCUCGGUGCCGAAAACUACUUCAAUCUCUUCACCGUUCGAAAGAAUAGCGAAGGAGCAACUGAUGAGGAGCGCAGCCGCCUAGAGGUGGUUGGUGAAUACCACCUCGGUGAAUUUGUCAACCGUUUUCGACAUGGCUCCCUCGUAAUGCGAUUGCCAGAUUCCGACGUGGGACAGAUUCCAACCGUAAUUUUUGGAUCCGUCAAUGGCGUUAUCGGGGUCAUUGCUUCACUUCCCCAUGAGCAAUAUGUGUUCUUCGAGAAGCUCCAGUCCAACUUGAGGAAGGUGAUUAAGGGCGUAGGGGGGCUUAGCCAUGAGCAGUGGAGGUCUUUCAACAAUGAGAAGAGAACUGCAGAAGCCAAAAACUUCUUGGAUGGAGAUCUAAUAGAGUCGUUCCUCGAUCUCAACCGCAGUAAAAUGGAAGAGAUUUCUCGAGCCAUGGGCGUUUCGGCCGAAGAGCUCUGCAAAAGAGUAGAGGAAUUGACAAGGCUACACUGAUUCGAACCCAACUGUUUUUUACAUUCAAUUUUGUUUAUUCUUUUGUUUCUUAAAAUUUCUGGAAUUACGUUUGGACCUGAAACUAUUACUGGGUUGGCAGUACUUAGCUUGGUAUAAGAACCCUAAUCCGAAUUGUUGUA